AUGCGCUUCCGAGCCGCUCUCCUCGCAAGAGCUCUGGAGCUUGGCCUGCCAAAGCGGUCGAAGGGCAAGGAAGUUGCUGACAUGGUGGCGGAGUCAAUGCUGCGCAUCUUGGACCUCGAUCGAUCAUUAAGGCAGAGAGUCUUUCAGAGUCUUUCAGUGUAUGCAUUAGACUGGGGAAAUGCUUUAAUGCAGGUCUUUGUGGCCAGUUUCAUCUCUCUGCAAAUGCCGAGUGAUGGCUGGAGAUGGGAGGAAGCAUUAGCCCUUGUAUUCGAAAAGAGCUGCCUGACAAGCCGGAAACCUUUGAGUUUGUUCUCAGCUAUGCAUUUCAACUUUGAAGAUGCCCUGCAUGGUGCCAGAUGGCUUUACUUGAUCGCUGCCCGUCCGGACGACAUUCCUGCUGACAUUGGAGGUGAGAAGGCUGCGACCAACAGCGAUGGCAAAUCUGCACAGGGACGAGCCGAGAAAGACAGCGAGCGUAUCCACCGUCUGCGCCGCGUGUGGACCGAAACUCCAGCAGUCUUCAAGCGGCUACGUGAGGAGCAGGAACGCAAGGUAGAGGAGAUGCUGAGCCAUCAAAAUGUUGGCAAAGAUCCUCGACCUGACUCUCCACGGUCUCUGGCACCCACGGGACCACCUAUACACGAGCUGCUUUACGAGGAUGCCAAACGGCUGCGGAGCCCAUUGCGGCUAGGCCUGCUCGCAGCCACGACCCUGAGGCAGGAGAAGAUGGAUCAAGAGGUGAAGUCCCGGAUGACCAUAGCUGUGCGGCGAUGGCGAGAGAUGCUUGCCCAGGUGCUCCUGAUUGCCGCGUUUGCCCCUGGCUUGCGCGCUGGGCAGAUAGUGAUGGAGGCAGAGAUGUGCAUCGCAGGAUGUGCUUCAAGUCUUCAAGAUGACAAUCCGCCUUGCUCUUCUCAGCUUCGCACUGUCCAGAUGGCGUCUGGCAGCUGCUCGCUCUGGCUGCAGGAAGCACACCUCCGCUUGGCCGAGGAUCAUGACAGCCUCCUGUCGGUCGCAGGCGGUGCAAGCGCCAGUUGGAAGGAUCGGGUUCGAAUCACGAUGACUGCCCGCUUGAAGCUCCUUGUGAAAUUCAAGCAGGUGGAGGAGCAGUGGGGCAGUGGCCUUGAAGAGCUGCUGCAGGACUUGAACCCUGAUGUACCUCGCUUCCGCAUGGAGAAGUUGACAGCCGGGUUUGCGCCGUUUGAAGCUCCGGAGCCCAGAUUGGCACCGUUCGAACCUGCAGAGGCGGCUGCGGCUGCGAUGCCCCAGCACCUCCGUGUCUCAGCAGAAAGCUGUCCAACGGUCAACUUUACAGCCCAAAGCGGCACUUCUCGAGCUAAUGCCAACACGGGAACGCCGCCUCGAAGAGGCUCCGGGUACUUCGGGACUUUGGUCUCCGGGAUGGGAGGUAUGGUGCAAGUCGCCGCUUUCUGGCUCCAGAUCUUCUGGCAGGGGACGGGGGCAGCCGAGGGCAAAAAUGGGCAGGUAAAGGUCUGCAAGCGAUGGGUUCUGCAAACCUUGAGCGUGCAAGACGAGAAUUCCGAGAUUGUUCAUGAUGAUUCUGUGGUCAGCCAGUGCAAUCCAGUACAGCCGACGCAGCGUGUCAAGUACAGGCCGCUGCGCUUGCCAAAGAACUUGGCGAGGAACGGUCAGAGCUUGAACAGCAGGCAGUCGAUGCAUGAGUUCACCACACAGUUGCUCCACGUCAUGGAAGGUGGUCUGCGAAGCGCUCGGAUGAAGCAGUCAACACCCGUCGUGCAGCAGCUGAAGCUCUGUGCCGGCUCACCUUCGUUGGCCCGCAGGACAGCGAGGCGGAGUGUUGUGGCAGACUUUUUCAAUCCUGUUCUCAGGCUGUCACAGGCCUUCACAGGCGGGACUCCAACAUUUCAGAAAGGAGUGCACGUCAAGACUCAAGCAGAGCUCGAUUUUUCUACCGAUAUUGCACCUGUACAAUUUUGGCAUCUCUGUCUUGUCAAACUGGCCAUGGGCGGCGCCUGCAGCUGCAGCUGCGAGACAGAUGCCACCUACUAUGCGCUGGCAGAGCUGAAAAACAGGUUGGAGGGUCAAACGAAAGUGGUGCAGCCUGACCCUAGGAUUGACCCCAAAGUGCAUGUCACAUUCCUGUCUGUCGAGAAAGAAGAUGGCGGAUCGGUUUCGUUCAGCCCGUUGAAAUUUACAUUGCGUGAUUUGACAUUCCGGACAUCUUGCCUUGUUGAAGGCACAAAGACGCGGCUAGCCGGGGCUGCUGCUGUGAAGGGCGCCACAGCUAGCUGCAAGAAGGCCGGUGUCAGCGAGGGCGCUGCCAAGAGCAUCGUUGAUAGCAUGGUGUCCGUGGCGCAAAAAGCUUCGUCUGCUGCCGACCAGGCGAAGGAGAUGUUGAGGCUUGAGACCGCAACCGAAAGAACUAUCAAGGUGGACGUCACUGUCGACCUGGUCAAGGAGUUGAAUGUUGAAGAAGUUUCUGUCAGCAUAAAGGAUUUCCACACCGAUGUUGCUCUUGCAGAGACCAUCCUUUCAAUCAAAACGUUCCGCAGUUUCGUGGAGCGAGCGAUUUCCGCCAAAGCGAGUGAAAUCGCCACAAGGCGCAUUUUCCAGUGA